ACCCUUCUACCUUUCAGCCAAUACCAAUUCAACCGGUGUAAGCUGCCUUGAAAAGAUGGAUGACUAACUAGUCCUACAUGUACCUGUGUACACAAAAACAGCAACCUUUCUCUUUACGUUUCUUUUGUGGCGUUCACGCUUUCCUGCACACGGUCAAAUUUUUUAGGGUGUUUUUGGGCAUGGAAUACUGCACUUCACCAACGUCAUACCUAUGGUGUUAUUCGCAAUUGCCGUGAACUUCGACUACGCCUAGCCCAAACUGUGGUAGUCAUCGUACACUGAAACGUGUAUACUGGGUGUGGUGUGGCUUUCCAUUUUCUCUGUACGUAGCACUUUCUGUUGGCGUAAGUUGGGCCAACCUGGAGAGUUUUCCUUCGCCGACUCUACUCAACGUGUGUCACAUCAGUAAGAUACAAAACAAGGAAUCUCAAACAAUCUUCAAGUGUAAUACUAUUUGUGCUGCGUAGACUUCAUAUGGAAGCAGCCUCAGCUCAAUCGACAUUUUGAUGGCGGAAACGUUAUAAAAUAGCGCCUGACUGACGUUGUGUUAUUGGGCGUUUGUAGUUUCGGCAACACUAGAACUAACUGGAGGUUACACUCGGUGACUACAAGUUUUCGUCUAGUUUAUACUGGGGUGAACCCCCUCACGAUUACGGAGCUUUCUUGUGAAUUGUUGUCGACGACAGACAAGGCGAUAAAGAAAACUUCAAGAAGAUAGUCCGGAGACCGGUGUAGGAGGCGAGAUGGGUCGCCAUCAUCUUGGGAGUAACCUUGAGGCUACACUCUUGGUUUUUCUGGGACUCUGUUCGGUUGCAGCAUUGCAAACAAUACGGGUUUCCAACCUAGCUGUGGCUUUCAACGACGCCACCAACGUAAUCAAGGAAGGCUCUGCCAUGCAAAUGUUUGAUCUGGAUGUCUCCAUCACCCUGGCCUCCAACAGUGAGCAUGCAGAUGCCAAUGGCGUCAUUGACAGAUGGUCCCUGACGCUUGCCGUACAAGACAAUGCGGGCACGGCUUGCGUGACCGGCCCCGUGACGUUAACAGCCGCCCAGUCAGGCGUCGCUAUUCGGGCAGGGGGCCUGGGCACCAUGAGGGCAGUCUCAGCCAAACUGGACCUGACUUCCUGCCUCUGCUCUUCGGCAACUCAGCUCAAGGUGACGUUGGGGUCAACUCGCUACACGCUCGAUCCAGCCAUGCCUUCAGGCACCGGAUCGCUUGAUUGCCAUGGUCUAGCUGCUCGUACCCUUACGGUAAUAACUGCCGGUGCCAACCUGAUUGAGAACGUCAAUGAUCAGCCCGUCACGCUGACCAUUGUGGGCAACAGCGAGUCGCAAGGGCGCAGCGUCGGGACGGGCACCAACGCAAACUGGGCCGUGCAGGUGUUCAUCGCCAAUGGGAACUUGACUCACUACACACCCAUCGAGAGCACGCGCGCCGAUGCGACAGUGCCACCUGCGGAGGCUAUGAGGAGCUGGGCGGCCGGGGACACCCUGACAAUUAUAGGAGUGACGACCAUGCUGAAUCUGACCGGAGUCGGCAGCUGCGACACGAUCGACGUUCUCUGCAGCUCCCUGUAUCGAGACCCAAGCGCCACGAAUGUAUUCAGCGUCGACGGAGGGAACAUCGUGUCGUGUACCCCUGUCAUAUGCAUUGGUGUCCUGAUAAACCAAGUUAUUCCGGCCUUCACCCAAGCUACAACCAUAGACCAAGGCAAGACAAACCCUAACAUUCCGCUGACUGUGACUAUCAAGGCAGAUGACACCAAAGCCUCCGUAUCCGGGACUGGACUGUGGAAUGUCAACGUAUUUGGUAACGCCAACGCCAACUGCAUGAACCCUACGCGUGUACCCGGGACAGCCACCAUAGUGCAAGGCGUCGACUACGGGCUGGACGUCAACCAUAUGUCGGUCUGGCCCUUGAUCACAGUUUCCCUGAACAUGGGUGAGCACAGCUGCACUGACGCCGAGUACAUCUGUGUUGAAGUUCUGAAGGGCUCGACUCCUGCCCCGCCCUUCUCGCUAUCCUUCAGCCCCGAGUUUGCUAAAUAUGGUUCCGUUGCUGUGGAAUGCGUCGCGUUGAUCGUGAGCAGCGGAACCCUUAAUGUUAACGCAGCCACACACCUGGCGGCGUUCAAGGAAGACCACAUGAUGCUGUUCAGCGUCACCUUCAUGUCCUCCGCGAGCAGCGGGGGAGCUGGAGGCACAGACUUGUGGGAGCUGGUGGCUUUUCCGGCACAGAAUGCCGAUGGCUCGGGGAGGAGGGGCCCGGACACAACAGUGCCACUCACAUCUGGCGAGUUGAACACUGCUUUUCCAGGACCCAGUGGCAGUCUUACCUUCAACGCGGUCACAGCAACCAUUUCACUGGCCAGCAAUCCGUGCAACACUUACAGUCACCUGUGUGCUCAGCUUACGAAGAACGCGAACGCAAACCCUGAUUUCCUGAUUACCAGUGGCGUCAUCGUGUGCUCGGCCGUACUGACUUGCCAAAACGUGAUACUGACCAGUACCACAGUCUCCCCCUCUGUCGGGGCAUCCCCCAACGGCCUACCCCUUUACGAGGGUGUCAGCGGCCAGGAAGUCUUCUUCGAUGUCGUGGCAGCGUCCGACUCGACCGCUGGGAGCGUGCCCAGCGGAUCAAACCACUGGCAGUUUGACGUGUCGCUGGGAACGUCGAGCGCCACGGCAGCCCUGACUCAGGUUCAGCGUGAUGCCACACUCACUGCUGGCACGGACCUCGCAUUCACUAGGGUUAUGGCAACUUUAGAUCUGAGUACCCAGCGCUGUGACGGGAUCGGUAACCUGUGCGCUGAAAUCGUGAGGAGUAGUGCCGACACUCUAGGUUUCUUGCUGGACUCUCCCCAAGCUCAGAACAUGGGCUGCUUCACCCCAACCUGCCAAGGUGUUGAGAUAACCUCGCUCGUCAUCAAGGACGGCGUGACCAACUUUGCCCUGAAGGAAGGCACGCAGGGCCACGCCAUGACCUUCUCCGUGGACGUAACCACCAACGGUGAUGCCGGCAGCGUACGAGGAAGUAACCUGUGGAAGAUGCUCGUCUACCUGUCUGCGGAUAACACUUACAGCAAUCUGGUUGAAGCUAGGGAUGUGACGGGAGCUUGGGCUAGUCAAGAUGUACUGGCAGGGGCGACGACAACACUCACUGACGUCCAAGUGACUCUGAACCUUGACACAACCUGCGCCAACAUGCAGCUCUUGUGUGUUGAGCUGGCAAAGGCCGACGGCCAGACGUUCAUCCUGGAUCCGGCCCGAAACGUCCUACAGACUUGCAAACCUGUUCCCGGAUGCAAUGGCAUUGAGAUUGACAGCGUAUCUGUGGCUCUCAGCAAUGGUGGACUCCUCGUCGAGGGGGUGGCUAGCAACGCCCCCGAGGUGGACAUAUUGCUGACGUUCACGGAUACCAGCGCCAGUGUGACGGGCACCAACAUCUGGAACGUGACCAUCUACGGCAGCAACAACGAGGCAGGCUUGGGGACGCGCAUCUCAGAGCAGAGGUCAGUCACCAGCGGGAACACCGCUGUGGGGGAAACCAGGCCCUUGGACAGCAUUACCUGGAACGUGGAUAUGACCAACCGGCUGUGUGUUGAAGUGACGCACAUAUGCGUAGGAGUGGAACUGGUUACCGGUGCCUCGGUUUCUCUGAUUCCCAACUCGAAUCUUAAAUGUUCUGAGGUACCCUGUGAAGGAAUUGUCAUAACAGCGGAACAGUUCAGAGUGAGUUCCGGUGGAAUCUUUGAAGCCAUGACUCCGCAGACUCUCGCCGUUGAUCAAAUCAGGGCUCAAGCUAAAGCUAAUGGUGCAGUGAUCCCCGAUAACAUGGCCAAUAUCUGGGAUGUAGCGCUUUUCCUGAAUUCGGCAAUGAACGGUAGCGGGACCACUUACGGUGGCAUGGUAAACCCAACGGGCUCAUUACCAACGGCAGACCAAAGAAAGGGCAUCAACAGCAGUGCCCCCUUGAUGAUCACCACCCAACUGAAUUUCGAGUUCACCCAGAAUGUCGUUUGCGGUUCCAACCUCUACGUCUGUCUGGAGAUCUCGGAGAGAACCGACGCCAUCCCGGAUUACGACAUCACGUUCCCACCUGAUGCCCAGUGUAACCCCAUCAGCUGCACAGGGGUUGUGUUUGUGUCAGCCAAUCUGAUGGUCCCGGCCGACACGAAGCUCAUCGAGAACGAGCCAGCGCAUCCCGUCCGCGUCACCUUCCAGGCAGACACAGCCGCAGUCACGGCAACUCUUGACUCGGGCACCAACUUCUGGACCCUGAAGGUCUUUGCCAACACGCAGGCGAACGGUACCGGGGCCGAGCGCUACGGGGAGACCGAGGGGGUACUGAGCUCGCAGCAGUUGAACUUGGCGCUGGCGGCAUCGUCGACAAUCGAGCUGUCCGACAUCGACGCAACCUUGAACCUAAACGGGUUCGUGUGUCCGUCUGACAUGAUUUACCUCUGCGCCGAGCUCCAACGCAAUCCCAACUCUGUGCCUCCGUUUACCAUCCAGGGCAUGCCAAGUCCCCUCAUUGCCUGCGAAUUAGUGGAAUGCCAAGGUGUCCUGAUUACCAGCAUCGACAUCGCCGGAGCGCCACUAGCCGUCGUUGAGAGUGAAAGGAACGACAUGACCCUGACUGUCACUGUGGGGGUCGGUGGAGCCGACGCCUCUGGUACCAACCUGUGGAGAAUGGAAGCUUCGCUGGUUGAUGACAACGGGAUGGAACUGGCUACUGUGGAUGUGAACUUGGGUGACCAGGCCAAUUCAGCUGUUGUAGCCGGACAGCCAAUCACAUUCAGCGACCUGCCGGUGCCUUUUGACCUGACCAAUCAAGUCUGCCCCGAUAACGGCACGGUCAUGCUGUGCAUCGAGCUGUCUAGGGGCGGCAGCGCCAACACCGAUUUCACCGUGACUGGAGUGACGAGGCAGUGCCUGGACUUGCCCUGUAAAGGCGUUGUUAUUGUUCAGAGUGCCAUCAGUGCCUCGACAGGCUCCCUCUUGGAGGGCCGUGCCAGCAAUCCCAUCACCCUCGAUGUCUCUUACACGUCGGAUCCAAACGGUGCCAGCAUCAGUGGCACCAACCUCUGGUCUGUCACCGUAUUUGGCAACAACCAAGAGGACGGAUUAGGAGCCCGCUUGGCUGAGACAGAUGGUACCCUGCAGGGCAACGAUAACGACUUUCCCUUGAGCAAAGGGGACACCGUGGAAUUCAACAGAGUGGCUGCGACUCUGAACCUAAGCCCUUACCGGGUCUGUGAGGAUGUCCACUGGGUGUGUGCUGAGCUGAAGAAAGGAGCUAGUCCCAGUAAGGACUUUUCAUUGACGGACACCAACAAUGCCAGGAUUGCUUGCAUUAGUCUGGCCUGCACUGGAGUGCAGAUUUCCAACACGGUGCUCACCAUUAACAACAACGUUUUGACGGAGGAUUCUGGGGUCCAGACGAUAACGGUGACCGGUGUGGUCUUGACAGGGGCACCUGGCUCCUCAGCUUUACCGAAUACUGAUUCGAACUUCAAUGUGGUGAUCUUUGGCAACUCCAUGGAAGACACUUCAGGACCCAAAGUGACCCAGGCAGUGGUAGAUUUUGGUUCUUCGCCGCAAAGUGUAAACCCUGGUGCUGAAACUACAUUGAAUAACCCUGGAUUGGCAAGCUUGAAUCUGACCGAUGUUUUCUGUGCAGACCUUCAGUACUUAUGCGUCAGAGUUGAACGUGGUGAUUCAUCCUUUUACAAAUUCAAAUUGGAAGGAGUCCCCAACGAGAACAGCCUACUGGAUUGCGCUGCGGUAACAUGCAGAGGCGUGCGUGUGACAGGCGGAAUGGUGGACACCAUGUCUGUACUCCGUGAAGGAAACCCAGCCUAUCCCAUGACGGUGAGGGUAGAUUUUACCACAGACGUAAACGGAGCCAGCGUUAGGUCGGGCGGCACUGAUCUGUUCCAGUUGAAGGCAUUUUUGGCAGACUCAGCUACUGGAGGGGGUAUCCGAGGCGCGGAUCAAAACGUGACCCUACCGGGAGGCUCUGCGAGCCAGCCCGUCACGGCCGGCGGUCGCAUCACUUUUGUUGACGCAGUGGCGACGCUGGACACCACCACGUGGACAUGCCAGACGGAGAACUUCCUCUGCCUGCGUCUGUCGAAGGGCCCAGCAGCCUCACAGAAUUACCUCCUUGAGGGUUGGGAUGGCGCCAGGGAUGACACAAAGCUCCUGACAUGCACGCCUAUAACCUGCAGAGGCGUCAAUAUUACCGAUGUCGUCUUUGAGGUGGAUGGAGAACUAUCCUUUGAGGAGAGAGACCCGAGCGCCACAUUCACCUUUGACCUCGGUCUGGUGGCGGACCCCGAGGCGGGCGGCGUCACCGGAACCGGACUGUGGAAUCUGACCGUUGCCCUCAACAGCAUGUGGGAUGGUUCUGGCGAAAGCUUCGGCGAGACCGUGGUUGUUCUUUCGCCUGAGAACGCGAACCGUGCCGUAGAUCCGACCGGCCCCAGGACCAACCUGACGGACGUCCAGGUGACUCUGCCGUUGGAUGGGGUCCAGUGCUCUGCUGCCAACCCCUUCUACUUGUGCGUCAAGAUUGACAAGGCAGAUGGUAGCAGUCCUGACUUUACACUCACCGUGGACGACUGGCACUGUACCAUGAUCACUUGCUAUUCUGUUCGGAUCAGCGGCUUGUCCUUCGAGGUCGACUAUCCAGACGCCAUCCUGGAGAACGAGGAGAACAACCUCCGCGUCAAUCUCAACGUCACCACCGACGCCCUGUCGGCCAAUAUCUCCGGGACGGGGCUCUGGGCCUCGCCGUGGUUUCAGAUUCGCAACGCGGCCAACACAACGAGGCUGGACUCUUCGGAAGAGUACUGGACACAGCCCCUGGCAAGCAUGGCUCUAGAGGCGGACGACACUACCAAAUUUGUGAACAUCUUCCCCGUCAAAUUCACUCCUACCGGCAUGGUGUGCAGCGACUUGACCCAGCUGUGCAUGACCUUUGCCAAGGGGGCAACCCCUGACCCGGAGUUUGACUUGGAGUUCCUUACCCCAAGUGACGUCUGCGUGGACAUCGAAUGCCGCGGAGUGGAGAUCAUGUCGACCGUCAUCACAAACAUCACGGAAGGCGGUACCGUCACAGAGCGUAUCACUACCGGUCAGCUAGUCGUCCUGUCGGUCAGUUCCACCUCUGCCGCAGACGGGGCCAGCAUCACCGGCAGUGACCUGUGGGCCUUGACCGUCUACUACACCCCUAACGCAAACGGAGACGUCGAUGCGACUAUCGGCUCAGCUGAAAUGGACCUCACGCCAGACCAGCUGAAUACCGAUCUGUCGGCCGGACAAGAUUUGGAACUGACCCGUGUAGCGAAGGCCAACGUGAACCUGGCUAACUUAGUUUGCCCUGAGACUGGUCUUUACUUGUGCGUCAAACUCAAGAGGCAUGCCAACCCAAGCCCCCUCUUCACUCUGUCUGCAAAGGAUGGCGACCAGUCUGCUUUGAUUGGCUGCAAAAGCGUUGAAUGCAUCGGUGUGCAAAUUGAAGAGACCACACUGGGAAUCAGCAACGGCAUGCUGAUACCAGUUGAGAAACCAGCCGUCCACACAGUGGAUUUCCGAUUUUCCUCCACCCCCUCAAUACAAUCUGCAGCAAUCUUUGGCACAGGGCUUUGGAAGAUGAAGGUUUUUGCCAAUCGUCGCAUGAAUGGAACCCACCAACCUCCGUCCUAUAUGGCGGAUGUGACCUUGACCACAUCUCAGAUGAAUGCCCCUGUUAUUCCUGGUCUGAUAUUUCAAUUUUCCAGUCGAUCGGUGACUCUGAAUCUUCAGCAAACGGACACGGAAUGCCGCGAGACACAGUAUUUCUGCGGCCAGUUGUUGAAAGGGGACACUCCAAGUCCUCCAUUUUCCCUACAAGGAGUCCCUGAUGACAACAGACUCAUCAAUUGUGUAGAAAUGGACUGCAAUGGCGUGAAAAUCACAACUUUCGACUUGACGAAUACCGGCGGCGACAUUCUCCGCGAGAACCAGGACGGUCAGUUGUUCUCCUUCGACGUCUCCCUCACCUCCGACGCUAACAAGACUUCCGUCUCCGGCGUAGACCUGUGGACGUUCAAGGCGUUCCUGAACAACGCCCAGGACUGUCUGGGCGACGCGGCUGAGGUCGCUCUCACGCCAGCCACGGUGAACACCAACGAGGAGGAUCAGGACCUCGCAGCCGGAGGGACCAUCGACUUCAACGUCGCCGCCUCGAUGAACUACCGGAUGAAGUGCCCUGACUGGGACAACGUCUACGUCUGCCUGGAGGUCUUCCGAGGCGACGUGUCUUCCGUCCCCUUCACGCUGUUUGGCGAUAUCCUCAAGGGAGUCCCGAUAGUCUGCAGAGGGGUUGAAGUGACCCAGACUGAAAUUAGUAGAAUCACUGCGGGCAGCCUGAUAGUGGAGAGUGACGACGAUGUGACCUUUGACCUUAAUCUGGAGAUCCGCUCGGUCGCCGCUGCCUCGGGCAUCUCGGGGACCGGUCUGUGGUCGGUGGACGUGUUCCUCAGCGACGAGCCCACUUGUCAGACGGAGACAUCCGACCGUGUGACGUCACCGCUGAGUUUGACCAAUCGCAACAAGGAUCUGGUGGCCGGGGCAGUCCUGUUGAUGAAUAACGUCGGGGCUACGAUACCGCUGCAGGGCUUACUCUGUGAGGACAUCAGAUACGUCUGCGUGGCCCUAGGCAAGGGGCUCAGCCCGACACCGGACUUCACCUUGGUUCCCGUGAACGGCAACUCGUCGCUGAUAGACUCCCAGGAAAUUGAGUGCAGAGGUUUGCACAUUGUGUCCUCUGAAUUGUCUGUGACCGACGGCGAACCCUUGAUCUCCAACGACCCCGGGCACCCGGUCUCCUUCAACCUCAUCUUCAACACCCAUCCCGACGGGGCCAGCAUCGCCAGCCCCACCAACCUCUUCCGCCUGCAGGUCGCAGCCACGGCCAGCCCCGACAGGGCCGGGGUGGAAGCCUCCCAGCACCAGGUCAUCGUGCCUUACUCCCCUCCGCCGGGUUUCACCAUCUCCGCCGGACAGCGCUACACGCUCCCGGUCGACGCCAACUUGAACCUCCGCGGUGCACGCUGCGACGAGAUUCCGUACAUCUGCGUGACGAUGAUGAAGGGUGUCAACCCCGUCCCGCCGUUCACACUGACCCCCGACGUGGACGAUCCCGUUGUGACGGCGUGCAGUGAGCGCCUUGACUGUGUUGGUGUCAGAAUUGUGAACCAACAGUUGACCAUCCAGUCUGGAAUUCCGUUCGUGGAGCAUGCCAUGUCCAACCCAGUAGAAAUGACUGUGCGGUUAACAUCUGGCGACAAUAGCGGCGAUGCCUUAGGGAUCAACCUGUGGUCAGCCGAGGUCAAGCUGUCUGCAGAUGACCCUCUCGCGCCAGGGACGGAAUUCUUUGCGGUCACCACGGGAACGUUUGUCGGCAGCGAUGCGGACACGGACCUGUAUCCAGGCGAGACGAUCGCGAUGCGCUUGGAGGCCAACAUGAACCUGACGGGAGUGGCGUGCUCGGACGUCCGCUUUCUCGUCGUGAACAUCACCAACCCCGACGCCGACCCGGAAUUCACCAUACAGUGGACAGAUGAUGUGGAGUAUGUCGUCAUUUCCCAGUCCUUCACGUGUUCGGGUGUGUAUCUACAGUAUCCGUCACCACCAGGAUCUGCACUGGUGGUGUCAGACGGCUUCCCACUGAAGGAGCUAGCAGCUGCCAGCGAGGUCGUGUUUACUGUCAACAUUGAUGUCACUCCGGAAUCGGCCACCAUUAUGGGGCAGGACUUGUGGAAAGUCAGGGCUUUUGUCUCUCCCACUAGCAACGGUAACGGCAUACCGGAGGAUGAAAAGGAGGAUGCCGUCCUGACGUCUGUCCAGGGAGCUGUCCCCAUCGUGGCCAGUGCGACCAGCACGCUGACUGGCGUGGAGGUCAGCCUGGAUACCUCAGACAAGUACUGCUCCGAUAUGACCUACUUGUGCGUGGAGGUGUGGCGUGGUGACUCGGCCCAGCCUUUCUACAGCAUUGAAUCGCCGGGCAGCCAAGCCGAGCUGCGGACGUGCGUACAAUCUCAGUGCAAUGGUGUCGAGAUAAUGGAGGUGAUGCCGACCAUUGUUUCCAUCCCUCCGCUCAUAGAGAUGAGACCCAAUCAAGUUGUCAGUUUGGAUGUCAACGUGACCGCCACGCCAAACAGCGCCGGUAUCGACGGGGACAACUUGUGGGCGGCCACCGUCUUUGUCAACUCCCAACCUGACGGCUCGGGCACUCCGUUGUCAGUCAGUGAGGCCACUAUCGAUCCCACGGUGCAGGGCAGAGAUCUGGUUCCAGGCUCUGUACUGACCUUAGAGGGCCUGGUGACCACCAUGGAUUUCACCGGUAUCCGCUGCAUCCAGAUGCGGUACAUUUGCGUGACACUGCGGGAGAACGGCCAGGCCCAGCCGGAUUUCAAUCUGGCUGGCGAUCUGACCAGUUGCAUUGAGACUAAUUGCAUCAGUGUCGCCAUUGCAUCUGGGGCGUUAGCCUUGGCCUCUAACGAGGUGCUAGAAGGCGACGAUCUGGCGUCGUUCUCGCUCGACGUCUCCUUCACCCCCUGGUCAAACAGCCGCAGUCUCCAAGAAGAUGACAGCUGGACGCUGUUCGCAUACACCACGGAUCGCGGUGACGGGCUGGGCUCAAUUUACGCCCUGAACCAGGUGACCCUGACGCAGGACCAGCAGAACCAGGCGGUGAACGUUGGUACACCACUGGUCUUCAACGCCCGGGACGUGACCCUUGACCUGACUACCCAGAGCUGCGAUACCACGUCACAUUUCUGCGUGGUGUUGGGAACGCAACCAGGGGCCUUUGUGCUGGGUGGUUAUCCGACCUCAACCAGUCUGGUAGCCUGUGCUGAGCUGCUGUGUUCACCCAAGCAAGUUGACCUGUAUUCGGUUGAGGUAACCGAGCGACGAAUCGCAGUGGAGUUCACCGAAGCCUUUGGAGACUUUGACCUCUAUGUCCUGACGUACUCUCCCAUGGACGGCAUCACUACCUCGCCUUACCCCAUCCCGCGCAACCUGCCGCGAGCCCUGACCUUUGAUCAACUGGUACCCGGCCAAGAGUACACCAUUGAACUAGUCCUUAGAGAUGGCGCUGACGAGAAGGCUGGGCCGUUCACACUUGUAGAACGGACACGGCCGGACCCCGUCGUGCUUCAGCUCGGCGAGGUUACCUCCUCCGAGCUCACCGUUUCCUGGGAUGCGGCCACGGGAAUCUUCGACCACUACACUAUCGUCUUGGAUCCCGCGGACAACGGCCUACCGCGCAGUCCCGUCAAUGUUUUCCCUGCCGAGGACCGAGAGGUCACCUUCACGGGCCUGCUGACGGCGCGCCAGUACAACGUGACCAUCUACACUGUCAGCGGGAAUGUGCAGAGCUUGCCCAGCUCUGUGGUUGCUAUCACAGAUCCCUCCACCCCGGUCCUCAUCACCACCGGUAACGACGAGACCAGCAUCGACCUGGAGUGGUUCAUCAGUGAGUCCUACAACGUAGACCAGUACGAGGUCCAGCACCAGCCCGACGACGGGAUGCCCCAGCCAAUCGUCUUCCCCGGGAGCUUGGUGCCGCGGAGAGCCACGUUGGAGAACCUGACGCCCGGUCGCCGAUACGUCAUCACUCUGGUGGCCGUGUCCAACAUUGGCGGCAUGACGGAAAUACGCAGCGUGCCGGCCGAGGUCACAGUUCAGCUGCUUCCCAUGGCACCAGCGGAAAUCACCUACCAAGACCCCACCGAGACGUCCAUCCAGAUCGAGUGGCCCAUGGCCGUGGGUGAGCUGGACUACUACCGGGUAAUCUUCAGUCCCUCGGCGAACCUAGCCGAGAUGAUCGUCCCCGAGAACUCCCCCCGGGAGCUGCUCUUCCAAGGAUUGGACGUGGCCAGCGAGUACACGGUCACCAUCACCACCCACAUUGCAGGAAUCAACGGGGAACUUGUCAGCCGGCUGGUAACCCGUACCGUCUACACUCUUCCGUAUCCCCCCGGCCCACUGACCAUCGUCCAGGUGACAACCACCCAGAUUGAAUUCCAAUGGGCGGACGCGCAAGGUCCCCGGGAUGGCUACGAGGUGACCUUUGAGCCCAACGAGGCCGAGUUUGACCCGCAAUCGCCGUACUUCACCACGGGGACCAGCAUGCUGCUGACCGGGAUCAAGCCUCACGUCACGGUGGACUUUGAGGUCCGUACCAAGAUUGGCGACGUGGUCAGCCGUCCACAGACGCUCCGACAGAGGACCUUCCCCACGCUGCCUGGUCAAGUCCGUGACUUCCAGAUCACCGGAUACGACUCGGACAACAUCCAGAUCUCCUUCAGAGUUCCUGAGAGCCCCAAUGGUCUUAUCUUAGCCUACCUGGUGACCGUGGAAGGAACAAAACCAGGUGAACCUAGCGAGUCGGCUUUCCAGACCAUCAACGCCCUGCCAAACGACGUGCAGUUUGAAGAGAUCAUCUCUCCUCUGAAGGCUGGAUAUACCUACACACUGUCGAUUCAAGCCAUCAACACGGAGGGCGCCGGUGAACCGGUGGUGCUGAGCCCCCUCAGGCUUCCAAUCAAAGAACCAUACUACCAAGGCCAGCAAACUAUUGAUGAGUUCAUCUUGGAUGUCACUUCCUCCACCAUUUCGCUUCGUAUUCCAAGGUCCCUGUUCUCGGACCGGAACGGUAUCGUCACUUCGUACUCCAUUCUCGUCGUGGAGGAGGGAGCCGAUCGCACUGCUAGUGCCAACCCGCCCAAUUACCAAACAGUUCGUAACAAUGCUGUCAAGCCAGUCUACGUUACGAUCAAUCGCGCGGAGCUGUUCAGCUCGUCAGACAAUCGCCGUCGCCGACAGGCCGACGUGGCUGAGAGCGCCAGGGUGGUCAUUGGAGACCAGACCCCUUGCCCUAACAAUGAUGACUAUUGCAACGGGCCUCUGGACUCCAUCUCACAGUACAGGGUUAGCAUACGCGCUUACACAGAAGAGGGCUUGUACACCGACACCCCUUGGUCCAAAGUUAUUGCAACAAAGUCUGACAUAUGGUGGUUCAUCUAUGUGCUGAUUCCGUUUGCCAUCAUCGUCCUUAUCAUCGCCUUCAUCAUGUGCCUCUGCUGUUGCAUCGCCAAUGACGAAGGGGACAGACGCCAGCCGGAGGCCAAAAGGGGAAGAGAGAAAGCGCCUUUGGCCGAGACCCAACUCAACGAGAAUUCCAGCAACAACGUCAGCGUUGCCGCCGUGGCCAGCCCUGAACCCCUUGCCCCGGCCCCGGCCCCGGCCCUGGCCCCGGCCAAACCACGGCCCCAAAGCAGCCGCACCUCAAGGCCGAUUGCCGUGGUGAAGUUUGGUCAGCACGUGAGCAAGAUGUCAGCAAAGACUGGCGACAAUUUUGCCAAGGAGUUUGAGGAUUUGAAUCUCAUUGGAGAGACUCAUGCCAAAACAGUUGGGGCCCUGCCCGAGAAUGAGGAUAAGAACCGCUACGGUAACAUUGUCCCAUUUGACUUCAACCGUGUUCGUCUGGACAAAGAUGACGACUACAUCAACGCUAGUUUCAUGUCGGGUUUCACCGGCGCCAAGGAGUACAUCGCCGCCCAGGGACCCCAGGCCAACUCCGUCAACGAUUUCUGGCAGAUGAUCUGGGAGCAGAAGGUGCCUACCAUCGCCGUCAUCGGCACCUGUGUGGAGAAAGAACGGGUGAAGUUUGCCCAGUACUGGCCGUCCGACUCCACCCCCAUCACCUUCGGCGAGGUGACAGUCAACAGGGUCUCUGAGCGCGAGGAGACCGAGCAGGAGUACAUCGUACGAGACCUCUGCCUUGAAUCGGGAUCUGAGGUGCGCGCUCUGCAUCAGUACCAGUUCACCGCUUGGCCGGUUCAUGGCGUGCCCAAGAAGUCGGACGAGAUGCUGAACUUCAUACGCACUGUGCGCGCCCACCUGCUGGAGAACUCGGGGCCCCUUGUGGUGCAUUGUGGUGCUGGCAUUGGCCGUACCGGUGUGUUCAUUGCCCUGGACGUACUAACCCAGCAGCUGGCCCUUGAUGAAGAGUACAUCGAUGUGUUUGGCACCGUGGCCACCAAACGGGAGGAGAGAACCAACAUGGUGCAGACCGAGCUUCAGUACGAGUUUGUGCACAAGGCCCUGCUAGACAUUAUUGAGGGCCGCGUCACAGGGCCCAAACGCCGAGCCAGCACCGACACCGACCAACGUGUGGAGGACAUUAUAGCCGAGAUCCCUCAGUAAACCCACAACGCAUCUCACUAUCUGGCUUUGUGUCAACAACUCUGUUUACCGGAGUAAACACCGUAGUUUUGAUCUGUUGUUGAUCUUUGUGAAAUGAAAUGACCAUAUUCAGUUUGCGAUUACUAUUUUUUUUAAGGAAAUGUCAUCGUCUCUCAGAAACUUCAAAUGCACUGACAUAUUUUGUUUCUUCCAUUUUUAUUACUUUUUCUACAGGGAAUAGCAUUGUUCAUUAUUAUCUUUAAAAAAAACUACCAGAGAGAGAGAAAAUAAUGGUGAAUUGGGGGUUAACAGACAAGCAAUGAAUUAUUGCUGUUGUGUGCAUUUUUUGUUUUAGAAAGACUAGUGUUAGACACAUUCACUGAUUUCAAAGCAUAAGUAGUUUGUAUUUGAAUUUGGCAGAAAUAGCAAGUAAAAUUUGCAAUGUAUUUUCUUUGGCGUGUUUGUAAAUUCUGUAAGCCAUGAAGUUUUUAAUACUCAGUGCACUUAUAAAAAAAACUAUUCAUUGAUUUGUAGGUAAACAGGAGUAGAUAUCAGAAUAAUUGACUGUAUAUAGGCUAAUGAACACAUUUGUGAUCAGUUGAAGACAAAUAUGUAUGCCAGGAGUCUAUGGUGAGCUUUCACUAUUUAAUGAGCACCAGUUUGGAUUGUCUCUAUACUUACAAUCGUUCAAAGCUAAACUCAGAGGUCACUAGUCGAUCACAAGUUAAUCACAAGUCAAUCACAAGUUAAUCACAAGUCAAUCAGUAACCAAUCACAAGCCAAUUGCAUGUAAAUCACAUGUCCGUCACUAGUCAAUCACAAGUCAAUCACAAGUCAGUCACAAGUCAAUUACUAGUCAGUCACAAGUCGAUCACAAGUCAAUCACAAGUCAAUCAAAAAUCAAUCACAUGUUAGUCACAAGUCAAUCACU